CUUUUACAUCACAACAUAUAUAAACAUUUAAAUUAUUUAUACACUAUAUUAUCAAGAAAUACAACAAUGGAGACUAAGAAUACUAAAGUUUCUACUCUUCUAUUGGUUUUUGGGCUAAUAUUGAUGUUGGGAGUCGGAAACUUGAAAAAGGUGGAUGCUCAAAGUGAUGAUGAUGACAAAAUAUGUCCUCAGUUUUGCUAUGAUAAUUUGGAUUAUAUGACUUGCCCUUCAACAGGAGAUCAAAAGCUUACUCCUUCUUGCAAUUGUUGCUUGGCACCAACUGAUGGUUGCAUCCUUCACUUUAACAAUGGAGAUGCACCCAUUGUUUGCUAGUUAAAUUUGUCCUUGAAUGAAAUAAUCAUAUGGAUUAUCAAGUCUUAAUUGCUUUUAUUAUCUCGUAUUAGUAUAAUAAUAAUGAUUGGUCAUAGCUAAAAUGAUCGAAGUUAUGUUCAUGCAUUGGACUAGUAUAAUAGUCCUUGAAUGAAAUAAUCAUAUGUAAUUACAUUGUAAUGCUUGUAUGUUAACGUAUUGUUGUACGGCUUGUACCAUUAAUGAAUAAGUUCAUUGAAAAAUAUAAUUUUAAUUG